AUGGGGAACAAGUGGGUUGAGCUUGUCUACGACCUUUGUGCAAGGCGUGGCAAAGUAAGUCAGUCACCCCCGGCACAGCAGCUUUCGGAAACAGCCGACAGGCCAGAGAUCGUCAUCACCAGGAUGCUCCCAGGAAAGAGAGUUGCGGCACCUCUACACGACAAGCCCCUGCCCACCCUUCCAGUAUUAUGUGCGACGCCACCGUUGCCACUGUCACAACGGCGUAUGCUGCAGCCUAGUCGAGAAGCCGUACACGACCCCCCUCAACGGGGGAUCAGCUGGUCCGAAGAUCAAAUCAACGCGCUACAGAGCGAAAACAAAAAGUUACGACAGCACAUUCUAAGACACAGGAGGAAAGAGUCCGAGAAUCACGAGACCAUUGCGCUGCUCACCCAGCAAAACGUCUGUUACCUCCGCGAAAUCGAGCAGCAGGACGAGAAGGUAACACGAAUAGCCGCAUUCGUUGCAACCACCUUCGAGGAGUACAAACACAGCAGAUGGAGUAGGCCCAAGGAGCCUCGCGCCAGCUACCACACCACCAUCAGCGACAUCAUUGGAAUUUACAGCGAGCUGUAG